UUUAAAGGACCUGGGAGGCGCAGGGCAGUGCAUAGGGAGCAACAAGUGAUCAUGGCCACUUCAGAGCUGUGCUGCCAGGUGUCUGAAGAGAACCGCGAGCGCCGAGAGGCCUUCUGGGCUGAAUGGAAGGACCUGACUCUGUCCACACGACCUGAGGAGGGUUGCUCCCUGCAUGAGGAGGAUACCCAGCGGCAUGAGACCUACCACCGGCAGGGGCAGUGCCAGGCGCUGGUGCAGCGUUCCCCCUGGCUGGUGAUGCGUAUGGGCAUCCUGGGUCGCGGGCUGCAGGAGUACCAGCUGCCCUACCAGCGGGUGCUGCCGCUGCCCAUCUUCACCCCCACCAAGGUGGGGGCUGCCAAGGAGGAGCGCGAGGAAACUCCAGUGCAGCUUCGGGAGCUGCUGGCACUGGAAACAGCCCUGGGUGGCCAGUGCAUGGAGCGCCAGGACGUGGCCGAGAUCACCAAGCAGCUGCCCCCUGUGGUGCCCGUCAGCAAGCCUGGGACCCUUCGCCGCACCCUGUCCCGCUCCAUGUCCCAGGAAGCACAGAGAGGCUGAGAGGGACUGUGACUCAGACUCCACUGUGCCCACCAUGGACUGGGCCCUUCCUGGCUAGGACCAUGGAGGGGAGCUGCUGGCCACGGAUGCUUUGUAGUUUGCCCAGAGUUGGGGGCUGUGGGAAGAGGGAGCCAGAGGCCUGGAUGCCUGGGUCCCCUGAGUUCCCAAAGGGAGGGGAGCAAAGACAGUGGGCACUAGGGGUGGAGAGCUGGGCGCCAGCACAGUCUAGCACCCUCAGCACCAGGAAAAGGGACAAAGGAUGCUGGUGAGGGCAAGAGGUCCCUGGAAGCAGUUCCCUGGUCCAGGUUUCAGCUUCAGAGGAGGACUAGGACAAGCGCAAGUGAUCUGGAAUGCUCUGGGAAGGAGACAGAGAAGACUGCAGGGAGGGAACGUGAAGAGGGCAGAGGCAGGGCAGGACCCCCAGCACCCUCUGUUAGCGCGCAAUAAAUGCUCAACCAUG